AUGACGGACUAUGCCGACAGUAAGACCUUCGCCUCCCGGGCGCCGGGCGCCAGCAGCGGCCCGUGGCAGGCACGGUUUCGCAUCCUGGGGGAAGUCCAUGCCUUGGUGCAAGACACCGCGACAUGGUACCGUGGGGCACAGUGGAUUUGCUUUUGGUACAUGCUCAUCCUCCUAGUCAAGUUCGGCGAAGGCCUUCCUGUUUCACCUCAGCUGAUGAUCUUUGUGAACACUCUGUCCGAUGCGGUGGGCAGUAUCUUCUAUUUCUUCAUCGUCUUCUUUGUCGUGUUUGCCAACUUCGCGAUGGGUGCCCACUUCCUCUUCGGCCACAUCCUCUACUCUUGGUCAACCACGUUCCUGCCUUUCGCAUCCUCGAUGAGGGUCUUAAUGGGAGACUUCGACUUCAUGGGGAUGUACGACAUUGCGCCUGUGAGUUCCGUCUCAUGGUUCAUGCUCUUCACGGUCAUGGUGGUUUUUGUGCUCGUAAACCUCUUCAUCGCCAUUGUGACGGAUUCGUACCAGCGGGUGCAUCGUGACACAGUCGGAAGCCCGCACGAGGACAUGCUCAUUAACUUCGCGAAGACGAUGACAUCUGUCGGAAAUGCAGGUGCAACCAACAUGGUUUCAACACUCGAGAAGCUCAAAACGGCUUCAAGCUUCGAGCUCACAAGUCCCAAAUCGCUGUCAAAACUCUUCAGUGAACGUGGCUCCCUUCAAUCCUCCAAGAAGUAUGAGGAAGCGGCGGAAGCAGCGUCUCCGGUGCCUGCUGCGGACCUCACCAGAAUCGAUAGCCACAGUGAGGAGUCCCACUUUAGCUUGUAA